AUGUCCGAGACCCGGCGAAAAGUACGAGCGUCGUACUUCUAUGACCAGGAGAUCGGGAACUUCUGCCUCGGAGGCGGGAACCCGAUGCGUCCGCACCGGGCGCGCCUCACGCACAACCUGGUGAACCACUACGGACUCUUCGACAAGCUCCACGUCCACCGGCCGCGCAAGCAGACGUACGAGGACAUGACAGUCUUCCACGCCGACGAGUACAUCGACUUCCUGCGCACGGUCACGCCGGACAACCAGGAGGAGUUCAUGGCGCAGCUGCGGCGGUUCAACCUCGGCGCGCCGGGCGAGGCAGACUGUCCCGUCUUCGACGGCAUGUACGACUACUUCCAGAUCUACGCGGGCGGGUCGGUGGACGCCGCGUGCCUCGUCAACGACGGCACGGUCGACCUGGCCUUCAACUGGAUGGGCGGGAUGCACCACGCCAAGCGCGCCGAGGCCAGCGGGUUCUGCUACAUCAACGACAUCGUCCUCGCCAUCCUCGAACUCCUCAAGACCCACCAGCGCGUGCUGUACGUGGACAUCGACAUCCACCACGGCGACGGCGUCGAGGAGGCGUUCUACCUGACGGACCGCGUGAUGACGGUGUCCUUCCACAAGUACGGGGACUUCUUCCCGGGCACGGGCGCGCUGGGCGACAUCGGCGCGGACGGCGGGCGGUACUACUCGGUGAACGGGCCGCUGCUGGAGGGCGUGGACGACGAGUCGUACCACAUGGUGUUUCAGCCGGUGAUGCAAAAGGUGAUGGACACGUACCAGCCGGGCGCGGUGGUGGUGUGCGGCGGCGCGGACUCGCUCUCGGGCGACCGCCUCGGGUGCUUCAACCUCUCGAUCGAGGGCCACUCGAAGGCCGUGGAGUUCCUGCAGUCGUUCGGCGUGCCCAUCAUCAUGCUCGGGGGGGGCGGGUACACGAUGCGGAACGUCGCGCGGUGCUGGACGUACGAGACGGGGUCGAUGAUCGGGCAGGAGCUCCCCGACGAGCUCCCCGAGGCCGCCCUGUCGCAGUACAACUACUACAUGGACACGGGCAAGCUGCGGAUCCAGACGAGCAACAUGAAGAACGCCAACACGCGCGAGUACCUCGAGAAGCUCCGCGUGGAGAUGCUCAAGAACCUCAGCAAGAUGCCCGCGGCGCCGUCGGUGCAGCUCGCGCGCCAGCCGGAGCCGCUCAAGCCCGAGGAGCCCGACGAGGACGACCCGGACGUGCGCGGGGGCGGGCAGGGCGCCGCGGACCGCCGCGUCGUCAAGGACGGGUACGAGUCGGACGAGGAGAAGGGCGCGCGCGCCCAGUACGACCCCAAGGCGGACCCGGCCUACACAGGGCCGCAGCGCCCCGCGGACCUGGCGGACCGCGCGCAGGAGCAGCAGGCGGGCGCGGCGGCCGCGGCGGAGGGCGCGGCGGUGGCGGCGGGGGCCAGGGCGGCGGAGGCCGCGGGGGCGGCGGUGGCUGCGGCGGCGGAGGGCGCGGCGAAGGCGGAGCCCGCGGCGGCGGAGGGCGCGGCGAAGGAGCAAGCGCCGCCCGCGGAGGCGCCGGCGCCCGAGGCGGCUGCGCCAGCGCCGGAGGCUGGGGGCGAGGCUCAAGUGGCCAAGGAGGAGGGCGCCGCUCCCGGGCCGCAGUGA